UUUUGGGAAGUCAUCUCCGAUGAGCAUGGUAUCGAUCCGAAUGGAAUCUAUCACGGAGAUUCAGACCUUCAAUUGGAACGAAUAAACGUGUACUACAAUGAAGCUGCGGGUGGAAAAUACGUACCACGUGCCAUUCUGAUCGAUCUGGAGCCAGGUACAAUGGAUAGUGUGCGUGCUGGACCAUUUGGACAGCUAUUUCGCCCGGACAAUUUUAUCUUUGGCCACACGGGAGCGGGAAAUAAUUGGGCCAAAGGUCACUAUACUGAGGGUGCAGAGCUUGUGGAUUCGGUGUUGGACGUUGUUCGUAAGGAGUCAGAAUCAUGUGAUUGUUUGCAAGGAUUCCAAUUGACCCAUUCUCUGGGUGGUGGGACUGGGUCAGGUAUGGGUACACUGCUGAUUUCGAAGAUUCGCGAAGAGUACCCGGAUCGCAUCAUGACUACCUUCUCGGUUGUGCCCUCACCUAAGGUCAGUGACGAAGAAUCGGCUCUAAAAGUUGUUUUACUCUACUUUUAG